UUAUGUCGAGAUGCUUGAACAGCAACAAACGUGGCUCGUCAAAGGCCUGCAAGAAAUGUACCGUCGCGCCUUGGAGGGCGAAGGCUGGCCGGGAGAGCCCUUGAAAUGCGAGCCCAACGGCCAUCCUUUAACACACGAUCUGCUUACGCGACUUGGCGCCUUGGACCAGACCAAGGGUGAGCGCUUCGGAGAGAACACUGAGGCUAUGCAGCAAGAUCUCUGGAGGCAGAAUUCCGGACACAUGCAACGCCAGGAGUCAUCCGACGGUAGCUCAGAAAGUGCGCAGUCGCCUAUCAUGCCCUCCCGCUUCUCAGACCCGUUUGCUCGUCAGCUCUCGAGUACGCAAUCCAGCUUUAGCACACCAUCCCAAACGCAAGGCCCCACUAUCAAAUCAGAGCCUCAAAUGGCACCGACAAAUCCCGCCUUCGUUGCGCCCAUGACCAUGCAAGGCGUCGUGAAUCCCCUCGCCCUCCAGACCCCGCAACAGUGGCCCAGCAAUAACUUUGGCGCUUUCGACGAUAUGGAUCUAAUAGGCGCAUCCGAUUAUACGAAUCUGUCCUUUGACGAUCAGGUUCCCUCGCCGAUGUUCAACCGUCAAUUACCGAUGAGCUGCAUGCUUUCCUCUUCGUCGUAUAUGGACACCAAAGGCGACUAUGAAGACAUCAAUCAGUUCUUGAAUGCCAAUGCGCCCGAGAUCGCAUCGACCUGAGAUCACUUCGAUACGACGAAAUUUAGCAUAUUAAUGUCUCUCGUUUGUCUGACAUUUGUUUUGCAUACGCCGUACGACGUAACGCGUGUAUUAUAUACAUGCUACAUUUCGACAUUUGGACUACUUUUUGAACAUAUGGCAGCACUCCCCUUCAUUAAGAAGGGUAAUUGAUCAGCUGUACAGUGUUGGAUUCUUUUGGGUGACUGGCAUCACAUUCUUUUUUAUUCUCUUCUUGUGGGGACAGCAUCCUCUACAUAUUAUUUUGGUUUAUACUUUUUUGAUGAUGAAGGCGCCGAGGUGUUUUGGAGUUGGAGUUUACACAAAACAUUGGAAGGCUUGAACAGGCAGGACGGUUGGUUUUCUCUUUACUUGGAUGCGGAUGCUUUUGCGUGGAUACUUGCCGAUGCUGGUUCUAGUUUCGGAUGUUCUAUAUGUCAUUCUUAUGUCUCCGACAUUGAAAAUAUACAAUCUAUUCUCGAUUCUUCUUA